AUCCCAUUCUCAUUGGCGAUCCUCUCCCUCUCUCUCUCUCUCUGCUCUCACUUCGGGGCUAUCUCACUCAGUUCUCUCUCUCUCUCUCUCUCUGUCUCUGCCGCCAAGACUGAAGAGGCGCCAUUAGAGGUCAUCGAGGAUAUAUAUUUUUAGCUAGCCAGGAGGGUCGCUACUUACACUCUCUUUGGUUUCUCUGAAAUGGCUAGUGGCCCCGGUCUGGAUUCUCUAGUAGAUCAAACAAUAUCAGUAAUUACUAACGAUGGACGCAACAUAGUGGGGGUCCUGAAGGGUUUCGAUCAGGCUACCAAUAUUAUUCUUGAUGAAUCUCAUGAACGCGUGUACUCUACAAAGGAAGGUGUUCAGCAGCUCGUAUUGGGCCUUUACAUAAUAAGGGGCGAUAACAUAAGCGUUGUUGGGGAGCUAGAUGAAGAGCUCGACUCAAGUCUCGACCUAUCAAAACUGAGGGCUCAUCCCCUUAAGCCUGUCGUUCACUGAUCCAGCGUAAAGAGUUUUCGGGAAGUGGACCAAACAGUGGUUCUCGAUUCAUGAUGAAUAGUUGCUGAAAGGAAUAUCGAUAUAUGAGAGUCAUGUAUGUUAAAAAUCAAAGGCCCCGAUUGUUUUGGGGAUCUGCUGCAUGUAGAGUAGGAAUCAUGCUUGUGCUUUUUUAGCUGGAUAAGAAUUCUGCUUGUGCUAUUAGACAGACUUGUUUGACACACCCAAUGUUAUUAGCAGAAGAAAAAAAGAAACUGGCCGACGAUUAUCGAAACAGUUGUUUCCUUA